AUGGCCGAUGUAGGCGGCGACAAAGGCCCUCUUUGUCUCGCAGUCAUCAUCGCCACAUUGGCUGUGGGAGGCAUCCUCGUCUUUACUCGCGUCCUCACUCGUACAGUCAUCAGACCCCAUUUUGGGUGGGAUGAUGGCCUCAUUGUCAUUACCUGGUUCAUUAUUCUAGGCUACAAUAUAUGCAUGUUCGUCUCGAUUGAACGAGGUUAUGGAAAACGCGGCGCUACCUUGACGGAUGAGCAAGUCACGUCGGCGAUUAAAGCAGAAGUCAUCGGCCAGUUCUUCGCCAUCGCCUCAUUCCCAUCCGGCAAAGCCUCCAUCGCGUAUCUGCUGCAGCGUAUUUUCCCUGGCAAGAAACUACAAUGGUUCUUGUGGUCAUUCGUUGCCGCAAAUGCUAUCUGUUUCUACAUUGAUGCCAUCUUGAUUUUGGUCCAGUGUCAGCCAGUGGCAUUUCAGUGGGAUCACACCAUCCCGGGGGGCAAAUGCUGGGAUUCAAGAGUUGUUGUUGACUGGGGAUUUCUCACUGGCGCUAUCGGUGCCCUUACAGACUUUUCCUUUGCCGUCCUGCCAUGGUUCUACCUCAGGAAGCUUCAGAUGGGCCUCAAGGAGAAAAUCACCAUUGGCGUUGCCCUCAGCAUGGGUUUCUUCGCCACCGUGUGUUCGUCUCUCAAGAUCUAUUAUACGUGGACUUUAGGGUCGCACCAGGAUUUUACUUAUGAUACCGUUCCCUUGGUCAUUUGGUCGUGUGUGGAGCUGGCUUCCAUCAACGUCGCUGCUUGCAUUCCUACUCUCGGGCCACUCUACCUGUGGCUCCUUGGUCGUAGUCCCAAAAGCACAAGCGCGAAAUCCGACUAUGAGUCAAGGGGGACUGGCUCCGGGAAAUUCGGACGAUUGGCGAAUCGGAACAGUAGAGGCAUCGAGCUCGAAUCCCUCGAUGACCCAUCUUUCAACAUCUACCAAUCCAAAUCCUACAGGGUCAGUUUUGGAGACCGCGAUGGCAAGCCGAUAAAGGUGACAGAGACGGCUCAGACGACGCAGACGACACAGACGAUACAAACAGAAGAUGCUGGGGCUACUAUCACGGUCCAGCGUGCUUACGCUUAUUAA